AACAUGGCGGCUGGCGUUUCAUUAAAUAAAAAUAUUUCUUCUGUUUGGCAAAAAAUCCUAACUGUUGUCAAUAAUGCCUUGGUUUUUAUGGAUAAUCCAGCCGCAGAAAUGCUUCAUUGGUCUGGAAAGGUGAAAAAUGUCUUUGAAGCUGGGGCGCUUGCAGUCUACGAUCUUUCAUCGAGAAGGUCUGGUAAUGAAUCAGAAACCAAAGCAGUAUUCAUAGUGACGUCAGUGAUASAUGGACAGAUAUUAGAUGACAUCAGUGCUAUAGUUCAAAGUAGUGACUUUCAGCAUUGUACUAUACUAUGCACUGUGCCUGAGUAUGUGAAUGCAUUUGCCAAACACACCAAUGCCAUGGAAGUCUCUGUGUUUGGAGAGCUGUCAUUAAAGCUAAGAGAAUGGAUGGGAAAUCCUUACUCAACAGUUGAUAUCCACCAUGUGCCUCUGUUUGCAUCACAAAUAUGUCCAGGUCUGUUCUUCACCCCUUCUUUUUCAACGUUUUUUCCCAUCAUGCCAAGCGACAUUGCAAGGUUACAGGGAUUUCUUAGAUCAACAGGAGAUAAAGGCAAAUUGUUCAAUUCCUUAAGUGACAUUGACAUGUCUGAUUUACCUCACAAUCUUCAAGUAAAGAUCAAGAUGUUUGCUGCCAGCCUUAGCAGCAUGUUUGAGUUAAUGGACAUCAAUGAGGAUUGUUAUGGCAUGGGAUAUCUAAGCAAACUAAUAGCCAAUGAACUGGCUAACUUGCCUGCUGCUAGGGGACGGAGAAAGACAGCCAAUGGGCGAGCAUCGUUAGUAUUGAUUGACAGGACACUAGACUUGGCUGGUCCUUGUAGUCACAGUGGUGAUACCAUAGCAGACAAGAUUAUUGCCCUGUUACCAAGGUUACCCUAUCAUCAAGUAGAUGUUGCCGUAGACAUGUCAAGUGUUUGUGCACGUGGCAGUGUAACACCAGAUACUGUAGCUCCUGGAUGCUUGUCACAUGCCAAUGACAAAGUCUCACAAGUUUUAUUGAAUUCAUUGUUUACUAAAAAGCAAAAGGAAGGACUGGUAGACCUGUCAAGAAGUCUAACGCAUGCUUUAAACAAAGAAUCCCUGGACAUAUCAUCACAACCUACCAAGGUUACCCUGGAGWCAAUACAAGCAGCAUUAGACCAUUUCAGAGGUCAACCAAAAGCAUUCCAAAACAAUAGCCCCYUGCUACAAAUUACUAUGGCAGCAAUAAGUGCUCUUCAGCAUAAAGACAUCAGCCAUUUUCAAAGACUUCUAGGCAAAGAAAAGGGUCUAUUUUUAAGCUUAGGSGAAGAUGACCCACAAAGCAUCAUCAAUGACCUCAUUUCCUGUUUAGAAAGCGACAAGAAUAAGGAGUUCAGCUGUAUUGAGGAUAUUCUACUGGUUUUAUGUUAUCUUUAUUCUUUGGUCGGUGAUAUCUUCAUGGAAUCACCAGCAGAACUAGAACGAUUGAAGAAUGUGRUGGUAGAUUGUCUCUUGUCUGGAAAACUGACCUGCAGAAACAAGGAAUUUCUCGAUGAUGAAAUUGUUGAGAAAACRGCGAGAAGGAAAGUAGCUGAUGCGUUUGAAAAGCUGCUUGGUAUCGGGCAGGCUCGAGACGAAAUGAAACAGUUUCAAAAUGUAUAUCAGGACGCGACAGCACUUAAGGAAGCGUUCUAUCAGCCAUUGAUAAAGCAGGCUUUGGAYGCAAUCUUUGAUAAAGAUAAACCAGAACUUGUUGACAUCGAGUUCAAAUCCCAUGGACUUAAAGACUACAUCAAGACUGGUUUCAGUUUAUUCAUGAAUGUGAGUAAACCAAGACCAAGUGAUUUGCCUUUACUUGUUGUCUUUGUGAUUGGAGGAAUCAGUAGCACRGAAAUAAARCAAAUACGAGAUGCACUKGCAACUUAUCGUACAAAUACACAGGUACUAAUAGGCAGCACUCAAGUUAUUAAACCAGCUGAUGUCUUUCAGAAAGUCUUUUGUCAAGAUAACUUAUUUCCUUCCUUGGUAUAAURACGUCAUCGGCUCAUUGCAUCGCGAGAGACUGGGUCACAACAAGUACUAUUUAAAUAUUAGAGUAGUUGGAUCGAGGUGACAGUUACCAGUUAUCCUUGGAAACCGGAUGUUCCUAAAACAAAUUGUCGCCCGAGAACGCAGUUUUUAAUGGCAACUAUCAAAGCAAAAUGCUAUUUUUAGUAUUCAACAACCAAAUUUUAUCAAGCGGRCCGAAAAGCCCACGGCUAUAUGCACUUACCGCGGCUUACACUUCCGCGUUACGUAGUCGUUGUACGUACGCAGCGAAAUUUGUUGUUUAAAUGAUAACAACUAAUAAUAUAACUGUAAGAAAGUCAAGGUAUUUACUACURUUGUUAUCUAGAUAUCAUCCGACAGACAGAAACACAUCUCACCAUAGGUAGAGAAAACAACUGGACAAAUAAUAGAUAAGUCUUUCAAUCUACUGUACUUGARGAGCAAUCAAAAAUUCGAUCGGUGCUGUGUGGGUGGAGAAUAUGAUUGACAGAUCGCGUACCUUCAUCUUGGAAGAUUGAAUAAUCAGAUGUAAAAUUAGAUAUGCAAUAAAUUAUAUUUAUUUCA